AAUUUAUGUAAUUUUUCCAUAUUAAAAUGGCCUACACUAACAUGAUUUAAUGAAAAUCCAAUAUAUAAUGUAAAUGGCAGAAAAAACAAUAAAAAAAAUUUCUAGAAAUUUAUUACUGUUUUCGAAAUUCAAAUGCGCUAGAGAAAAGAAAAGUUAAAAAGAAGAAAAAUGAUUGAUAAAAAAAAGUACGAGACGAAAUAAAAAAAAUAAUGUAUUUUGAGAUCAGUAACAAAGAGAAAUUUCUAGAAAUUAAUUAAUUAAUUAAAUAGGUUACAAAAAGUUAGUUGUGUAACUAACUUCUUGAAGUGGUAUUUGUGUAACAAAUUAUCAAGAUUAGUUAGGUAUAGUUUUACUAUAUAUAGUUGUAUCUGUAAAUCAUUUUGAGAUAGAUGAAAUAUCAAUAACACAAACUAGCUUCAAAUUACUUCUUCUCUUUCUCUCUUCUUUCUUCUCUCCAUCGUUAAACUUUCUAUUUCAUAAUUUUUCCUAUCAGAUCAUGGUAUAAGAGUAGUAACUAGAUAUUCUGAUUCAUAGUAUCAAUAAUCAUUCUAGAUUGAAGAAUCAAUCUCUCUAAAUUUUUGUUGCAGUAUUUUCUUUACGGCUUUCAAUGACAGGGGAAGCAUUAAAUUCUACUCAAUCUGGUCAAUCAAGUCAAAAGAUUGGUAUUGAUUAUAAUCAUCCAUUGUUUCUGUCUUAGUCUGAUGUAAGUGGAACCCAAAUUAUAUCGUUUCAAUUAGCAGGAGUAGAGAAUUACUCAAUUUGGUAUAGGUCAAUGAGGGUAGCUUUGCUUGAAAGGAACAAAUUUGGAUUAGUGGAUGGAUUGUGCAAGAAAGAAGUGUUUCCAAAUGGGAUGGAAAAUCACUGGGAGAGAGCGAAUGUUGUAGUUCUGUCAUGGUUGAUGAAUUUAGUGGAAAAAGGAUUAUUAGGAGGCACAAUGUAUGCCUCUAAUGCUCAAGAAGUAUGGGAGGAACUUUUCGAAAGGUUCAACAAAAUUGAUGGUUCAAAAACUUACAAUUUACAUAAAGAGAUUGAAACACUGAGUCGAAGUACAUCUACAGUUUCUGCAUAUUUUUCUAGAUUGAAAAACUUAUGGGAAGAGUUUGAAGAUCUUAUUCCAAAUCCUGGUUGUAACUGUGAGAAACCCAAAGAUUUUGUGGUACAUCUUCAGAAGUUAAAGUUGUUUCAGUUUCUUAUGGAUUUAAAUGACUCCUAUAAUCAAGCAAGAAGUCAAAUCUUGCUAAUGAGUCCUAUGCCAUCUGUUAAUCAUGCAUAUGGAAUGAUCAUGAGUGAUGAAGGACAAAGGUCUAUAGCUGCAAACACAGAAAUCUUGAAUCCAAAUCAUGCAGCAAGUGGAAGUAAUAUUGACAUGGCUAUGUUUACAAGAAAUGGUACUAAUAGAUACAAGAGGAAUUAUAAUGAACAAUGUGAGUUUUGUAAAAUGAAGGGUCAUACCAAAGAAGUGUGUUACAAGUUGGUAGGAUAUCCAUCAGAUUAUAACAAGUUUAGGAAAAAAGGAGUGCAGACGAAUAGUAAUGGAUAUAAUUCAAAUGCAAGGGCUCAUAAUGCAAUCACUGAUAAUCAGUUUCAAGGGUCAGAACAAUGUGUCACAAAUAAGAGUAUAGCAGAAGAAAAUAUGUCAGAUUACAAAGGAAAAAAAGUGGAUUCUUCUCCACAAAACGGAACAUCUGAGAUGGGGUUGUAUCCAUUUACCAAAGAUCAAUAUAAUCAGAUUGUGCAUCUUUUGAAGAAUGUUGAGGACAACAGAGUUGCUGUAAAUUUAGUUUCCUCGGCAAGCUUAGCAGGAUUUCUCCAAUGAAAUGGUGGGGGAGAUUGGUAGAGAGGAGAAUGGACUGUAUGUGUUAUCUGGAAAGUCCAAGUUACAACAAUCUUCUAGCAGUGAUUUUUUGUGUUCUCUGAAAGGAAGUCAUACUCUCAAGAAGUCUGAAGAUGUGGAUCUAUGGCACAAGAGGCUUGGCAUGCAUCUACAAAGUCUUUAAAUAAGGUUCUGUCAAUCAAAGCUGAAUAUAUAGCAAAGACAUUGCAUAAUUGUAGUGUUUGUCCAUGUGCAAAAUAAGUUAGAAAUUCCUUUCCUACAAGUAGUAUUCAAACUUCAGCUUGCUUUGAACUUGUACAUAUGGAUGUAUGGGGGGCUUACAAAGUGCCUACUUUUGAUGGUAAUAGAUUUUUCCUCACUAUGGGUGAUGAUUUUUCUAGGA